GUUUUGGCCGCCACAAUAAAAACCUCUUCCUCUCUCCACGCCGCACACCGCCACAUCCUCCACGAGCUUGAGACUAUUAGGGUUUCUUCUGCGAUCUAGCGAAGGAACAAGCGAGGGAGAAAGAGAUGGGGCACUCGAACGUGUGGAAUUCGCAUCCCAAGAACUACGGUCCCGGAUCUCGUGUUUGUCGGGUUUGCGGGAACCCUCAUGGACUCAUCCGGAAGUAUGGACUCAUGUGCUGCAGGCAGUGCUUCCACAGCAAUGCUAAGGACAUCGGAUUCAUUAAGUAUCGCUGAGAACUUUUCUUUUAAAGCGCGGAUCCCUUAUUGGUCAAGGAAAUGGAUCUGCCACCUAUCAGGGAACUUCAUAUUGAACUUUUUGGCAAUCUCUGUUGUUUAAUGAUUUCCUAGUUAUUUUUGGCUGGUCUCAGUUGCUUGUGCACCAUUUACUGGGAUGAUGUGGUUUUUUCUGUCUUAAUGGGAAUUUUUCCCUAGCAUUUCCAUUGUAGCACUCAAUACUUUUUUUAAGUGGAGGUAUUUGCAUUUUGCAUGUUU